GCCUAAUGAAGAAACUAGCUUAAACCCACAGUCUCUCUCUCUUUCUCUUUCCAAAUCCAACUACCCGCUCUCUCACUAUUCAACCAUGGAUUCCGACUACGGCAUUCCCAGAGAACUCUCCGAUCUCCAAAAACUCCGAUCUCUCUACCAGCCGGUGCUCCCUCCUUGCCUUGAGGGAACUACUGUGAGGGUUGAAUUUGGUGAUGCGACUACAACUUUGGACCCCACGGAUGUCCACACCAUCAGCCGAUCCUUCCCUCAUACUUAUGGUCAGCCAUUGGCUCACUUUCUCAGGGCCACUGCGAAAGUACCUGAUGCUCAUAUCAUAACCGAGCAUCCAGCUAAAAGGGUGGGAAUAGUCUUUUGUGGUAGACAAUCUCCUGGAGGACACAAUGUCAUAUGGGGUCUUUACAAUGCUCUUAAACUUCACAACCCAAACAGCACUUUACUUGGAUUCUUGGGUGGUUCUGAGGGUUUAUUUGCACAGAAAACUCUUGAGAUAACGGAUGACAUUCUUGCAACCUACAAGAAUCAAGGUGGUUAUGAUUUGCUGGGACGGACAAAAGAUCAAAUUAGAACAAUUGAGCAAGUUAACGCUGCACUAACUGCAUGCAAGGACUUGAAAUUAGUUGGCCUUGUCAUAAUUGGAGGGGUGACAUCCACCACUGAUGCUGCCCAACUUGCAGAAACAUUUGCCGAAGCAAAAUGCCCAACAAAGGUGGUUGGAGUUCCUGUCACGUUGAACGGAGACCUCAAGAACCAGUUUGUGGAAACUAAUGUUGGUUUCGAUACAAUAUGCAAGGUUAACUCCCAGCUUAUCAGCAAUGUCUGUACUGAUGCUCUCUCUGCCGAGAAGUAUUAUUAUUUUAUUCGACUAAUGGGCCGAAAGCAUUCACAUGUUGCUCUUGAGUGCACCCUCCAGUCCCAUCCAAAUAUGGUCAUUCUUGGUGAGGAGGUUGCUGCAUCAAAGCUGACUCUUUUUGACAUAACAAAGCAAAUUUGUGAUGCAGUUCAAGCCCGUGCAGAGCAAGACAAGUACCAUGGUGUCAUCCUACUUCCGGAAGGACUCAUAGAAAGCAUUCCUGAAGUCUAUGCCCUUUUGAAGGAAAUUCAUGGUUUGCUUAGGCAAGGUGUUUCUGUUGAUAACAUUUCUUCUCAACUUUCACCCUGGGCCUCUGCUUUGUUUGAGUUUUUGCCUCCCUUUAUCAAGAGACAGCUGCUGCUUUACCCGGAAUCAGAUGACUCUGCACAAUUGUCCCAGAUUGAAACAGAGAAACUUCUAGCACACCUUGUGGAGGCAGAAAUGAACAAGCGUCAGAAAGAGGGUACAUACAAGGGAAAGAAAUUUAUUGCUAUCUGCCACUUCUUUGGUUAUCAGGCUCGGGGAUCUUUACCAUCAAAAUUCGAUUGUGAUUAUGCCUAUGUUCUGGGGCAUAUCUGCUACCAUAUUUUGGCAGCUGGCUUGAAUGGUUACAUGGCAACUGUAACUAACCUGAAGAAUCCGGUGAACAAGUGGCGUUGUGGUGCUACUCCAAUUACAGUGAUGAUGACUGUGAAGCGGUGGUCUCAAAAUCCUGGUGCCUCAUCUAUUGGAAAACCUGCCAUUCAUCCCGCCACCGUAGAUUUGAAAGGCAAAGCAUAUGAGCUGCUGAGACAAAAUGCCACACAACUUUUGAUAGAUGAUCUCUACAGAAAUCCCGGACCACUUCAGUUUGAUGGUCCUGGUGCUGAUGCCAAGGCUGUGACGCUUUGUGUUGAAGACCAGGAUUACAUGGGCCGUAUCAAGAAGCUUCAGGAAUAUCUUGACAAGGUCCGAACCAUUGUAAAGCCGGGGUGCUCGCAGGAUGUUCUAAAAGCCGCUUUGAGCGUGAUGGCCUCCGUAACAGAUGUUCUAUCGACUAUGUCUUCACCUUCGUUCAACAGCCAGUCACCCCAUUGAAACUCUGAAAGUACAUUUGGAUGGCUACGCGGCCUGUGGUUAAUCAGAACUUCAAAACCUUUGUGUUUUUGUCGUCUCAAAUUUUUCGCUAGGCAUAAUCCUAAACUUCAGAUGCCGAACUAAGUUAUGCUAGUAAUAACGGUUUUUCCCCAGCAUCUGAUGAAACUUUCUAUGCAAAAUAAGUGAGUUUUUUGAGCUCUUUUUUUUUUUUUUUUUUUUGAGGGGGAAAUUUUUGUAUGUUAUGACGCAGCAGUUUGAAAUGGUUCGAAACUUGCACAUUUUUCUUUUGAGUAAUUGAGUUGAGUCUAGCAACAUAGGAAGGAAUGGUAUUUGGUGAUAAUAUUAAUUGGACUUUUUCGUUUGUACUGAA